GGUAAAUAUGACGUGUGCACUCAUAUCUAACAUAUGCAACGCUACAUCCACCCACUCUUACGCUCCUUCCUCCUCCGUCUCCGCAACCGCCCGGAGCUGCUCGACCACAAACCCUAGCUCUUGCCAAAACGCACCGGUUUCGUUUCCUCGCCGUUCGUGCGUUUCUGCGAUUCUUCAACCUGAUAAGGAGCACUGAAAUUAUUGACUGGCUUUAUUAGCGCCAUACAUAUUCAUCUCUGCAAAUUAAGGCAACGUAUCUUUCUAUUUGAUAGGAUUAAAGCAUGCAACUUUUGCUACAUACAAAUGAUAAACAUGGGAGAAGGAAGUGACCAUCAAGCUAUGGCGGAUGAUGGGAAUGUUGAACAUAUUGGAGGUGGAGUUAAUAAGGCUGAAAACAACUCUGGCUCUCAUGUUGAGGUUGGGGUUUCUGAGCCAUAUGUGGGUAGGGAGUUUGAUUCUGAAGAUGCUGCAAAGACUUUCUACAAUGAGUAUGCCAGACGAGUGGGUUUCAGCUGCAAAGCUGGUGCAAAGGGUCGUUCCAAAGCCAUUGGGGAGAAUAUGUACUGCGAAUUUGUCUGUGGCAGGGAGGAUUUGAAAAGAAAGCUUGCUGGCAGUUGCAAUGCAAUGAUUAGGAUCGAGAAGAAGGGCCAAAAUAAUUGGGUUGUUACACAAUUUGUAAAGGAGCAUAGCCAUUCCAUGGCAAACCUUAGUAAGGUGCAGAGUAUUAGGCCUCGCAAGCACUUUUCUAGUGUGGGAAGAACCAUGCCUGAAACUUACCAAGGAGUGGGGCUUGUUCCAAGCGGUGUGAUGUAUGUAUCUAUGGAUAAGAAUGGCAUUCCUACUAAGAAUAUUCACGGGAUUAGGAAUAUUCCUGCUGUUGCUACUAUUGCUGAAACAGUUCACCCGGUUAAAAGUCCUUCAAUGAUGAAUUAUGCUGUUAGACCACCUAUUCAAAGGAGGACAUUAGGGAGGGAUGCUCACAACCUGCUGGAGUACUUUAAGAAAAUGCAAGCUGAGAACCCUGGUUUCUUCUAUGCAAUACAACUUGAUGAUGAUAAUCACAUGUCUAAUGUGUUUUGGGCAGAUGCGAGAUCAAGGACUGCUUAUGGUCAUUUUGGUGAUACGGUUACUAUGGACACAACUUACAGAAUAAAUCAAUAUAGAGUGCCCUUUGCUCUGUUCACCGGGGUAAACCAUCAUGGUCAGAUGAUUUUGUUUGGUUGUGCACUCCUCUUGGAUGAUUCUGAGGCUUCUUUUAUCUGGCUCUUCAAGACAUUUUUGACAGCAAUGAAUGAUCGUUACCCUGUCUCUAUCACUACUGAUCAAGACAGAGCUAUACAAACAGCAAUUUCACAAGUUUUUCCUCAAACACGGCACUGUAUAAGCAAAUGGCAUGUCUUGCGAGAAGGCCAUGAGAAGUUGGCCUAUGUAUGCAACAUGCAUCCAAAUUUUCAGAUUGAACUAUAUAAUUGUAUUAAUCUGACAGAAACAGUUGAGGAGUUUGAUUCAUCGUGGAAUUUUAUCAUGAAUAAAUACGAUCUCACAAAAAAUGAUUGGCUUCAGUCAUUGUACAAUGCUCGUGCACAAUGGGUUCCAGCAUAUUUCCGUGAUUCAUUUUUUGCAGUAAUAUCUCCUAAUCACGGAAUUGAAGGUUCUUUUUUUUAUGGUUUUGCCAACCAUCAGGCGACAUUGCCAGUGUUCUUUAGGCAGUACGAACAAGCUUUAGAGAGCUGGUUUGAAAAAGAAUUAGAAACAGAUUAUGAGACAAUUUGCACCACCCCUGUCCCGAGGACACCUUCCCCAAUGGAGAAGCAGGCUGCUAAUCUCUAUACUCGGAGAAUAUUUUCAAAGUUUCAAGAAGAGCUAGUGGAAACCUUUGCUUAUACAGCCAACAGAAUUGAAGAAGAUGGAGAAAGUAGCAUAUUCAGGGUUGCAAAAUUUGACGAUGACCAAAAGGCUUAUGUUGUCACAUUAAACCUUUCUGAGUUGAGAGCUAACUGUAGUUGCCAAAUGUUUGAGUAUUCAGGCAUUCUAUGUAGACAUGUUCUAACUGUUUUUACUGUGACUAAUGUACUUACAUUGCCAUCUCAUUAUAUUUUAAAACGGUGGACAAGAAAUGCAAAAGUCAGUGCUGGGUCAGUUGAACAUGCCGGUGAACUGCAUGUACAUGAGUCUUUGGCAUCACGAUAUAGCAAUCUUUGUUGGGAAGCCAUCAAAUAUGCUGAAGAAGGGGCAAUGACUGUGGAAACACAUGAUACUGCAAUUGGUGCUCUUCGAGAAAGUGCAAAGAAGAUUUCUUUCAUGAAGAGAAGUGUUGCCAAAGUUUCCCCACCCAGUCAUCCCGUCAGCGGGGCUGCUUAUGAUGACAGAAAAUCCCCUACUUCAACAGCAGAUACAAACCCUCUUCUGUGGCCACAGCAGGAUGAAAUAACGAAGAGGUUUAAUCUUAAUGAUGCUAGUACUCCUGUUCAAUCAGUUGCUGAUCUAAAUUUACCACGAAUGACCCCAGUGUCUCUUCAGCGAGAUGAUGGUACACCUGAAAACAUGGUGGUUUAUCCCUGUCUGAAAUCAUUGACAUGGGUAAUGGAGAACAAGACCUCAACACCAGGGAAUAGAGUGGCUGUUAUCAAUCUUAAGGAUCUUGCCACGGGGAAGACGAUUUUAACUGCUAAGGAGCAAAGUGGGUUGUAUCUAUUGGAGACUAAUGACCAAAGCACAACAAAUAUUUUGAGUCUACAAGCUACAUCUGAGACGUGGGCAAACUCUCAAAUAUGGCUUCAUCAUAAAAGGCUUGGACAUCCUUCAUUUAACGUUAUCAAGUCUUUAUUUCCCCAUUUGUUUACCAAUGAGUCUGUUGAGUCUUUUAAUUGUGAUAUUUGUCAAUUAUCAAAACAUCAUCGUGCAUCUUAUCCUAUUAGUAAUAAAAAGAGUACUUCUCCUUUUGAUUUAAUUCACACUGAUGUUUGGGGACCAGUUGUCGCAUCUAUUUCUGGAGCAAAAUGGUUUGUUACCUUUAUUGACGAUUGCACUCGUGUCACAUGGACAUACCUUAUGAGCAAUAAAUCUGAAGUUUUCCAAAUCUUUGUUAAAUUUUUUCAUCUUGUCCAAAAUCAAUUUGGAAGAAAUAUCAAAAGAAUUCGGUCUGAUAAUGGUACUGAAUAUGUUAAUCAUGAAUUCCUCAAUUUUUUCUCUCAUAAUGGUAUUGUUCAUGAACUUACAUGUGUAAACACUCCUCAACAAAAUGGGAUUGCGGAGAGAAAGAAUCGUCAUCUCCUUGAAGUAACUAGAGCUCUUCUUUUUCAAAUGUCUGUUCCAAAAAUUUACUGGGGGGAAGCAGUGUUAACUGCCACAUAUCUCAUCAAUAGGUUACCUACCCGUGUCUUAAACGGCAUUAGUCCUAUAGAGUCUUUAUUGUCUUUUGUUCCUUCUUCCCCUUUAAUAUCAAGUCUGCCUAGUAGAAUUUUUGGAUGUAUUGCUUUUGUUCACUCUCAUCACCCUAAUCGUAGCAAAUUAGAUCCAAAAGCCCUUAAAUGUAUCUUUAUAGGGUAUCCUUCUAAUAAAAAAGGGUACAAAUGUUAUCAUCCUCAGAGUCGUCGCAUCUUUAUCAGCAUGGAUGUCACAUUUCAUGAAACACAGUCCUUUUAUGUCAGUUCACCACUUCAGGGGGAGAAAACACUUGAAAUGGAUGAACUCUCCUUCUUGUCAUUACCAUGUCAGUCUUCGCAGGAUGCCCAAGACCUGAGCAAUGAAACUAUUAGGAUCCAUAAUAAGGAUGAAGAAGAAGACAAAUUUUUUGGUCAAAAAUAUGAAAGAAGAAAACAACCCACUUCGACUCUAGAGCAAGAAAAAUUGUCUAAUCCGGAGGUGAGAAUCCCUGAAGACAACAUCGAAGAGGUAAGUAUUACUGAUGACUUGCCCAUUGCAUUGAGAAAAGAAAGGAGAUCAUGUGCUAAAUAUCCCAUUUCUCAACAUGUUUGCACUAACAAUCUCUCUGAUAAGCAUAGAAGUUUUAUUGCUGCCAUUGAUGCAACAAAAAUUCCUACCUCAAUCCAAGAAGCCAUGAAACUUGAACAUUGGACUCAAGCCAUGAAAGAAGAGAUGAAUGCAUUAGAAAGAAAUUCAACUUGGGAAAUUGUUGACAAGCCAAGAGACAAGAAGGCAGUAGGAUGUAGAUGGCUAUUCACAGUGAAACAUAAGGCGGAUGGAACAAUAGAAAGAUAUAAAGCGAGACUGGUGGCAAAAGGCUAUACUCAAACCUAUGGGAUUGACUAUGAGGAGACAUUUGCUCCUGUGGCAAAGAUGAAUACAGUUCGAGUUAUUCUUGCUUUGGCGGCUCAUUUUAGAUGGGACUUACACCAGUUGGAUGUAAAGAAUGCCUUUCUUCACGGAGAUCUGGAAGAGGAAGUUUACAUGGAUAUUCCCCCAGGGUUUGAAGUGAAAAAUGAACGAAACAAGGUUUGUCUCCUAAAGAAAGCAUUGUAUGGUCUUAAGCAAUCCCCUAGAGCAUGGUUUGGAAGAUUUACAAAAGCAAUGAUUUCCUUGGGAUACAGACAAAGCCAAGGAGACCACACUCUGUUCAUAAAACAUUCAUCUACAGGUAAACUCACCCUAUUGCUUGUCUAUGUGGAUGACAUGAUUAUUGCAGGAGAUGACGAAGCAGAAAAGUUGGCAUUAAAAGAAAAACUGGCAGCUCAAUUUGAAAUAAAAGACCUAGGAAAACUUAAAUACUUUCUUGGAAUAGAGGUUGCUUACUCCAAGGAAGGAAUAUUCAUCUCCCAAAGGAAAUAUGUACUUGAUCUCCUCAAAGAAACGGGAAAACUGGGAUGUCGAACUUCAACAAUUCCUAUAGAACAGAAUCAUAGAAUUGGAAGUGAAGAAAGUGCUCCUGUAGAGAAGACCCAAUAUCAAAGAUUAGUAGGAAAACUAAUCUAUCUAUCACACACAAGACCAGACAUUGCCUAUGCAGUUAGUGUAGUAAGCCAAUUCAUGCAUGAUCCAAGAAAUAGACACAUGCAAGCAGUUGAUAAAAUUCUCCAGUACUUGAAGUCAAGUCCAGGGAAGGGAUUGUUGUUUAAAAGGGAAGACACAUUAGGUAUGAAAAUAUAUACUGAUGCUGAUUAUGCAGGGUCUAUUACUGAUAGAAAAUCUACUUCUGGGUAUUGUAUGUUUCUUGGAAAUAGUCUGGUAACAUGGAGGAGCAAAAAGCAAGACAGAGUAUCUCGCUCUAGUGCAGAAGCUGAAUUUCGAGCCCUUGCUCAAGGAAUGUGUGAAGGACUUUGGAUGAAAAUCAUUUUGGAUGAUCUUAAAAUUAAGAUAGACAGUCCUAUGCAACUAUACUGUGACAAUAAGUCUGCCAUAAGCAUUGCUCAUAAUCCAGUACAACAUGACAGGACAAAGCACAUUGAGAUUGACAGACACUUUAUAAAAGAUAAUCUAGACAGAGGCUUUAUGAUUACAACUCAUGUUCCAACAGGUCUUCAGCUAGCAGAUAUUUUUACAAAAGGGCUACCUCAGGGAAGAUUUCAAGAUCUUGUAAGCAAGUUGGGAAUGAUUGAUAUUCAUUUACCAACUUGAGGGGGAGUGUUGUAAUUAGAGAAAACCUUACUAAGUAUUUUUCUAUAAUUAUUUAGGUAUGAGGUGCCUAACUUAGGGGUGCCUAACAUAGGAGGUGCCUAACUUAGAGGUGCCUAACUUAAGGAGGUGCCUAACUUUUACUCCUAUAAAUACAUUAGUAUGUUGUAAUAAUAUGUAUUGAAAUAAAUAUAGUUCUACAUGUUUCUCAA